AUGCAGAGAGUGAAGAAGAAGCUAAUGGUGUCACCAUUCACACUCUCCUCACUCCUCCGCCGCGAAAAAGACCCAAAGCUAGCUCUUCAACUCUUCCUCAACCCUAACCCGCAUCACUCAAAUGCCAAACCAUUUCGCCGCUCUCUCCUCUCCUACGAUCUCAUCAUCUCCAAACUCGGGAGAGCCAAAAUGUUCGCCGAAAUGGAAAUUGUCAUGGAGAAUUUGAAGAAAGACACCCGAAUUAGUCCGGAAGAAAUCAUUUUUUGCAACAUUAUGACGUUCUACGCCCGAGCGCGCUUGCCCGGUGAGGCCCUCCACCUGUUCGACGAAAUUCCCUCUUAUCGAUGCCGAAGGACUGUGAAAUCAGUGAACACGUUGCUGAACGGGCUCCUUGUUUGUCACGAAUUCGAUAAGAUGAUGGAGGUUUAUGGCCGGAUUGAGGAUUACGGGAGCCCUGAUGCGUGUACGUACAACAUUCUGAUAAAUGCAUUUUGUGUGAUGGUUGAUUUGGUGCGCGCGCGGAAGGUGUUUGAUGAAAUGCUGAGGAGAGGGGUUGAGCCUAAUGUGGUGACGUUUGGGACUUUGAUUAAUGGGCUUAUUACGAAUUCGGAGCUGGAUGCGGCUUUCGGGUUGAAGAGAAGGAUGGAGAGGGAUUUUAAAAUCAGACCUAAUGCACAUAUCUAUGUAGCUUUGAUGAAGGGGCUUUGUAGGGUGUUUCGAUUGGAUGAGGCUGUUAGGUUGAAGGGUGAGAUGUUGAGAAAGAAGGUGGAAUUGGUUCCUGCGGUUUAUUCUACAUUGAUCAGUGCGUCUUUCAAGGUUAAUCGAAAGGGGGAGGUUUCUGGAUUGUUGGAGGAGAUGAGGGGAAACGGGUGUAAGCCCGAUACAGUAACUUACAACGCGAUGAUACAUGGAUAUUGUAAGGAGAAUGAGUUUGGGUUGGCUUUUGGGGCUUUGAGUGAGAUGGAGAAAGACGGCUGCAAGCCGGAUGUCAUUAGUUUUAAUGUGAUUAUUGGUGGGCUGUGUAGGGAGGGGAAAGUGGGUGAAGCCUAUGAUUUGUUGGAAGAUAUGCCACGGUGGGGAUGUGCCCCGGAUGUGGUAGCUUACAGGACAGUUUUUGAUGGUUUGUGUGAUGUGAAGCAGUUCAAAGAAGCAGCAAGCAUUUUGGAUGAGAUGAGUUUUAUGGGAUAUGCUCAUCAUACGUCUAGUGUAAGCAAAUGCGUGGAUGCAUUGUUGAUAGAGGAGAAUAAAGAGUUACUAUUAACAUAUGUGUUUAUGUUGGUGAAGAGAAACUCCCUUGAUAGAUAUAUAUGGAGACUUGUAACUUGUUUGCUCUGUAAACGUAGCAGUUUAGAUAGUCAAGAACUGUUUGAUGGGCUGAUUAAUACUCAUUCUCUUCCGAUGGGCUAGAUAUACUUCGCGGCUGGUUUUUCCUCGUGCACUAAAGAAAUGGCCAGGAGUUCCGCAACAAGUGGUUGAGAUGCACACUCUUGGCUACUGUGGCUUAAAUGGCAGAAAAGGGCUUACGAAGCAAAAUAGAGAUUCAUAUGAAGCAAGAUGGAGCUUCUCUGGGACAUUUUAAUGAAACAACUGUUAUAUUUUGAUUUUACUUGAAGCGUCGGGCUUUGGAUUUAACAUCCUGUUAUUGGCAUUCACUUUGGGGCCUAUUGUUCUCAUCCAGAAUGCCUGACUUACAAGUGGAUGGUUUGCACCUCAGCUAAAGUUGCCAAGCAACACAAAGACACAGAAUAUGAGAAUAUACCCUUGGUAUGGCCACACCCUUGGACGAUGACACGUCUGCUGGAGGCAUUCCACCUAUUCAUCCUCCGUCAUUUGAAUAAUGGAUUCCAACCAAAUUUCUGUAUUCAAACUUUUGGGGGUUGGUUGGAAGCUCUUUCCUCGUUUACCAAUUAUGCUUUUCUUUUCAGUUGUUGUCCCUGUCUUGUUCUGCCUACCUUAACUUCUGCUUGCAUGCAGAAACAGACAAUUCAUUUUGCUUA